AUGGCUCACGCCGCCGCGUCCAUUAAAAAAGUUCGCGAGGCUGAACUGGAUGAAAAGGAGAAAAAUCUUGAGAGGGAGAGAAAAAAACAACGGAAGACCCCCAGGGAGCGCAUGGAACGGAAAAGGAAGUCUGACAGCAAUGCGAGCUUCCUCCGGGCGGCCCGAGCAGGGAACCUGGACAAGGUGGUGGAGUACCUGAAGGGGGGCAUCGACAUUGGCACCUGCAACCAGAAUGGACUCAACGCUCUCCACCUGGCUGCCAAGGAAGGCCAUGUGGGCCUGGUCCAGGAGCUGCUGGGAAGAGGGUCUGCCGUGGACUCUGCCACCAAGAAGGGAAACACUGCCCUGCACAUCGCAUCGCUGGCUGGGCAGGCGGAUGUGGUCAGAGUCCUCGUCAAGGAAGGCGCGAACAUUAACGCUCAGUCCCAGAAUGGCUUCACGCCCUUGUACAUGGCGGCCCAGGAGAACCACAUCGACGUCGUGAAGUACUUGCUGGAAAACGGCGCUAACCAGAGCACAGCGACGGAGGAUGGCUUCACUCCUCUCGCCGUGGCUCUUCAGCAGGGGCACAACCAGGCGGUGACGAUCCUCCUGGAGAAUGACACCAAAGGGAAGGUGCGACUGCCCGCCCUGCACAUUGCAGCCCGGAAGGACGACACCAAGUCGGCUGCACUCCUGCUGCAGAGCGACCACAAUGCGGACGUGCAGUCCAAGAUGAUGGUGAACAGGACGACGGAGAGUGGCUUCACACCCUUGCACAUCGCCUCGCACUACGGCAACGUCAACGUGGCUACACUCCUGCGGAACCGGGGAGCUGCUGUGGACUUCACGGCCAGGAAUGGAAUCACCCCUCUGCACGUGGCUUCCAAGAGGGGAAACACCAACAUGGUGAAGCUCCUGCUGGAUCGAGGUGGCCAGAUUGAUGCCAAAACCAGGGACGGGCUGACGCCACUGCACUGUGCCGCCCGCAGCGGGCACGACCCGGUGGUGGAGCUCCUGCUGGAGCGCGGCGCUCCCCUGCUGGCCAGGACGAAGAACGGGCUGUCCCCGCUCCACAUGGCUGCGCAGGGGGACCACGUGGAGUGCGUGAAGCACCUGCUACAGCACAAGGCACCGGUCGACGACGUCACCCUCGACUACCUGACGGCGCUCCAUGUUGCCGCACACUGCGGGCACUACCGUGUGACCAAACUCCUCCUGGACAAGAGAGCCAACCCAAACGCCAGAGCCCUGAACGGCUUUACCCCACUGCACAUUGCCUGCAAGAAAAACCGCAUCAAAGUCAUGGAACUGCUGGUGAAAUAUGGGGCUUCCAUCCAGGCUGUAACAGAGUCUGGGCUCACGCCAAUACACGUGGCUGCCUUCAUGGGCCACUUGAACAUUGUCCUCCUGCUGCUGCAGAACGGAGCCUCUCCAGAUGUCACUAACAUUCGUGGGGAGACCGCCCUGCACAUGGCUGCACGCGCAGGGCAGGUGGAAGUGGUCCGGUGCCUCCUGAGGAAUGGAGCCCUUGUGGACGCCAGAGCUAGGGAAGAGCAGACACCGCUGCACAUCGCCUCCCGCCUGGGGAAGACGGAGAUCGUCCAGCUCCUGCUUCAGCACAUGGCCCACCCGGACGCGGCCACCACCAAUGGGUACACACCCCUGCACAUCUCGGCCCGCGAAGGCCAGGUGGACGUGGCGGGCGUCCUCCUGGAGGCUGGCGCUGCCCACUCCUUGCCCACCAAGAAGGGCUUUACUCCACUGCACGUGGCUGCCAAGUACGGAAGCCUGGAUGUGGCGAAACUCCUGCUGCAACGCCGGGCGGCUGCAGACUCUGCAGGGAAGAAUGGCCUCACCCCGCUCCAUGUUGCUGCUCAUUAUGACAACCAGAAGGUGGCGCUGCUGCUGCUGGAGAAGGGCGCGUCCCCGCACGCCACUGCCAAGAAUGGCUAUACUCCCUUACACAUCGCUGCCAAGAAGAAUCAAAUGCAGAUAGCGUCCACUCUCCUCAGUUAUGGGGCGGAGACUAACAUCGUGACAAAGCAGGGAGUGACCCCACUCCAUCUGGCCUCCCAGGAGGGCCACGCAGACAUGGUCACACUGCUUCUGGGCAAGGGGGCCAACAUUCACCUGUCCACCAAGAGUGGACUCACAUCUUUGCACCUUGCAGCCCAGGAAGAUAAAGUGAACGUGGCUGACAUUCUCUCCAAGCACGGGGCAGACAAGGAUGCUCACACCAAGCUAGGUUACACUCCUCUAAUUGUGGCCUGCCACUAUGGAAAUGUGAAGAUGGUCAACUUCCUUCUGAAGCAAGGAGCCAACGUCAACGCGAAGACCAAGAACGGCUACACGCCCCUGCACCAGGCCGCGCAGCAGGGCCACACACACAUCAUCAACGUGCUGCUACAGCAGGGCGCGCAGCCCAACGCCACCACCGCGAAUGGCAACACGGCCUUGGCGAUCGCUAAGCGUCUGGGCUACAUCUCAGUGGUCGACACGCUGAAAGUUGUCACCGAGGAGGUCACCACCACCACCACGACCAUCACAGAAAAACACAAGCUAAAUGUUCCUGAGACGAUGACUGAGGUUCUUGAUGUUUCUGAUGAAGAGGGUGAUGACACCAUGACAGGAGAUGGGGGAGAGUACCUGAGGCCUGAGGACCUGAAAGAACUGGGUGACGACUCUCUCCCCAGCAGUCAGUUCUUGGACGGCAUGAACUACCUGCGCUAUAGCUUGGAGGGCGGGCGCUCUGACAGCCUGCGGUCCUUCAGUUCCGACAGGUCUCACACCCUGAGCCACGCCUCGCACCUGAGGGGCAGCACCGUCAUGGACGACCCGGGCAUGAUCCCCAGCCACCAGGUGUCAACUCUAGCCAAGGAGGCAGAGAGGAAUUCUUACCGUCUGAGCUGGGGUGCUGAGAAUUUAGACAACGUGGCUCUUUCUUCCAGCCCUAUUCAUUCAGGCCGUGCCUCUCCAUGUCUCGAUCGUGACAACAGCAGUUUCCUGGUCAGUUUCAUGGUGGACGCCCGAGGUGGUGCCAUGCGAGGGUGCCGGCACAAUGGUCUCCGGAUCAUCAUUCCGCCCCGGAAGUGCACCGCCCCGACACGCGUCACCUGCCGCCUGGUCAAGCGCCAUAGACUGGCGACCAUGCCGCCGAUGGUGGAAGGAGAAGGCCUAGCCAGUCGCCUGAUUGAAGUCGGACCUUCUGGUGCUCAGUUCCUUGGUAAGCUCCACCUGCCAGCGGCUCCUCCCCCACUUAAUGAGGGAGAGAGUUUGGUCAGCCGCAUCCUUCAGCUGGGGCCUCCUGGAACCAAAUUCCUUGGGCCUGUGAUUGUGGAGAUCCCUCACUUCGCGGCCCUCCGUGGGAAGGAGCGGGAGCUGGUGGUCCUGCGCAGCGAGAAUGGGGACAGCUGGAGAGAGCACUGCUGCGAGCACACCGAGGGCGAGCUCAACGAGGUCCUCAACGGCUUGGACGAAGUGCUGGACAGCCCGGAAGACCUAGAGAAGAAGCGAAUCUGCCGCAUCGUCACCCGGGACUUCCCACAGUACUUUGCCGUGGUGUCUCGCGUCAAACAGGACAGCAACCUGAUCGGCCCUGAGGGGGGCGUACUGAGCAGCACCGUGGUGCCCCAGGUGCAGGCUGUCUUCCCGGAGGGCGCGCUCACCAAGCGGAUCCGUGUAGGCCUCCAGGCUCAACCUAUGCACAGUGAGCUGGUUAAGAAGAUCCUAGGCAACAAAGCCACCUUCAGCCCCAUAGUCACUUUGGAACCUAGAAGAAGAAAAUUCCACAAGCCCAUCACCAUGACCAUUCCUGUCCCUAAAGCUUCAAGUGACGUUAUGUUGAAUGGUUUUGGGGGAGAUGCACCAACCUUACGACUACUAUGCAGCAUAACAGGUGGCACCACCCCCGCCCAGUGGGAGGACAUCACCGGAACCACACCACUGACGUUUGUCAACGAGUGCGUCUCCUUCACGACCAACGUGUCUGCCAGGUUCUGGCUGAUAGACUGUCGGCAGAUCCAGGAAUCUGUUACCUUUGCCUCACAAGUGUAUAGAGAAAUCAUCUGUGUGCCAUACAUGGCCAAAUUCGUAGUGUUUGCCAAGUCGCACGACCCCAUUGAGGCUAGGCUGAGAUGUUUCUGCAUGACUGACGAUAAAGUAGAUAAGACCCUUGAACAGCAAGAAAAUUUUGCUGAGGUGGCCAGAAGCAGAGACGUGGAGGUGUUAGAAGGAAAACCCAUUUAUGUUGACUGCUUUGGCAACCUUGUGCCGUUAACCAAGAGUGGCCAACACCACAUUUUCAGCUUCUUCGCAUUCAAAGAAAACAGACUUCCCCUCUUUGUCAAGGUGCGGGAUUCAACUCAGGAACCUUGCGGACGACUAUCGUUUAUGAAGGAGCCAAAGUCUACCAGAGGCCUGGUGCACCAAGCGAUCUGCAACUUGAACAUCACCUUGCCCGUUUAUACAAAGGAAUCAGAGUCAGAUCAAGAACAGGAAGAUGAGAUCGAUAUGACAUCAGAAAAAAAUGAUGAGACAGAAUCUACAGAAACAUCUGUCCUGAAAAGUCAGCUGGUUAAUGAAGUUCCUGUCCUAGCAAGUCCGGAUUUGCUCUCUGAGGUCUCUGAGAUGAAACAAGAUUUGAUCAAAAUGACUGCCAUCUUGACCACAGAUGUGUCUGAUAAGGCAGGUUCCAUUAAAGUGAAGGAGCUGGUGAAGGCCGCUGAGGAAGAGCCAGGAGAGCCUUUCGAAAUUGUUGAGAGAGUUAAAGAGGACCUGGAGAAAGUGAACGAGAUCCUGAGAAGUGGGACCUGCACGGGAGACGGGGGCAGCAUGCCAAGGGCUCAGUCUGAGAGAGAGUCAGGGGACGAGGAGUGGGUGAUUGUUAGCGAUGAGGAGAUAGAAGAGGCUAAGCGAAAAGCACCAUUAGAAAUUUCUGACUAUCCAUGUGUAGAAGUUAGAGUAGGUAAAGAGACCAAAGUCAAGUCGGAGAAAGACUCCACAGGGUUAGUGAACUACCUUACUGAGGAUCUGAGUAAGUAUGUGUCUGCUCACGAGAGGAUACCACAGGCAGUUCCAGACACAGCAGGGGAGAAACGUGAGGUGCAGGCCACUGGCAAGAAUAUCCGAAAUGAAGGGAAAGGCCUAGAGACCCAGAGUCCACAGAAACAGCACAAGCCAAGCCUGGGAAUAAAGAAGCCCGUGAGAAGGAAACUGAAAGAAAAGCAGAAACAAAAAGAAGAAGAUUUACCAGCUAGUGCAGGAAAAGCUGAACUUAAAAAAGGCAGUUCAGAAGAGUCAUUAGAUGAAGAUAUGGGCUUAGCUCCUGGACCUCUUCCCACUGUAAAGGCGACGUCGCCUUUGAUAGAAGAAACUCCCAUUGGUUCUAUAAAGGACAAAGUGAAGGCUCUUCAGAAGCGAGUGGAAGAUGAACAGAAAGGUCGAAGCAAAUUGCCCAUCAGAGUCAAAGGCAAAGAGGAUGUGCCAAAAAAGAACGUCCAUCGGACACCCCAAGCUGCAUCUCCCUCUCUGAAGUCAGAAAGGCAUGCACCACCGUCACCCUCCUCUAAGACAGAAAGACACUCUUCUCUUUCCUCCUCUGCAAAAGCUGAAAGGCACCCCCCCGUGUCACCAUCAAGUAAAACCGAGAAGCUCUCACCUGUGUCACCGUCUUCAAAAACGGAAAGGCACCCCCCCGUGUCGUCAUCAAGUAAAACUGAGAAGCUCUCACCUGUGUCACCCUCGGCAAAAGCUGAAAGACACUCCCCUGUGUCAUCCGUGAAAACAGAAAGACACCCACCUGCCUCACCUUCAGCCAGGACAGACAGACGCCCUCCCACGUCACCCUCUGGGAGAGCAGAAAGGCACCCACCCACAUCACCUGGAAGAACAGAGAAACGCCUUCCUGGGUCACCCUCUGGAAGGACAGAAAAGCAUCCACCUCUGUUGACUACUGGGAAAGCCGAGAAGCCCUUGCCUGUGUCACCGUCUGGGAAAAUAGAAAAGCAACCACCUGUAUCCCCCACCUCAAAAACAGAAAGGAUUGAGGAAACGAUGUCUGUCCGGGAGCUGAUGAAAGCUUUCCAGUCAGGUCAGGACCCCUCUAAACAUAAAACGGGACUCUUUGAGCACAAGUCAGCAAAACAGAAGCAGCCACAAGAAAAAAGUAAAGUUCGGGUAGAAAAAGAAAAGGGGCAAAUAAUCCAGAGGGAGAUGCAGAAAACAGAAAGUCAAACAGUCAAACGAGGUCAGAGGUUCCUGGGAACAGGAACUUCAGAACCCAAGAGAGGCACCCGUGCACCUUCCACAGGACCUAAGAGAGAAGACACACUUGGUGAAAAGGAGAAAGCUCUCCUCCACAAAAUGGCUGAGCCUGUUCAGUCGGCAGCAGCAGAAGAAAGCCAGAGAGAGAAGGAAGUCCCCACGGAGAAGGUGGCUGAUGAACAGGAGGACCCGGAUCUGCAAAUUAGCCCAGACAGGAAGACCUCUACUGACUUUUCUGAUGUCAUUAAGCAAGAACUGGAAGACAAUGACAAAUACCAAGAGUUCUGCCUGAGUGAAGAGACUGAAAAGGCACAACUGCACUUGGAUCAAGUACUCACGAGCCCCUUCAGCACAGUGUUCCCCCUGGACCACAUGAAGGAUGAGUCCCUUCCAGCCCUGUCUUUACAGAGCAGUGCUGUGGGUGGCAGUUUUGAAAGCCUACAGCAGGAGGGGACAGUAGUCUCCCCGUGUGGAAGCCUGAUGGAGGGGACACCUCAGGGUAGUUCAGAGGAAAGCUAUAAGCAUGAGGGCUUAGCAGAGACCCCCGAGACAAGCCCAGAAAGCCUACCUUUCUCACCAAAGAAAAGUGAGGAGAAAAUUGGGGAAACAAAGGAAACCACCAAGUUAGGAACACAAACAGAAAUUCACUCAGAAAAAGAGCAGCUCACAACCAAAGAUACUACUGAUGGCUCUGAAGAGCAGGGUACUGUAGUCUCAGGUGGCUUAGAGCCCUCCACUGAGUGUUUUCAGAAGGAGGCCACCCUAGACUCUGCCGGAGACCCCUGCCUCAAAGGAGAAGGUGACUACCUCGGCAGCUGCAGUGUGUCAUUAGCUAAAGAAACACCCACGGCACCGUCUGAGAAAGCAUCUGGUGACGAGUGUCAGCUUACAUCCGACAGCUCAGCCCAGAGGACACGAACUGACAGCAAGGCUCAGGAAUGCACUACCAUCUCAGGUGAGAGAGUGGCCUCACCACCCUCUGAGGCUGCUGUAAGGACGGGUACAGGAACCGAGUCAAAAUCCCAGGGACUCACUAGAAGUCCUCAGGGGUUAGAACUUGCACUCCCUAGCCGUGAUCGUGACGUGCUCAGCCCUGCAGCUGAUGAGUCCUUGGCAGUAAGCCACAAAGACUCUCUGGAGGCCAGCCCUGUGCUAGAAGAUAAUUCCUCACAUAAGACUCCUGACUCUCUGGAACCCAGCCCUCUGAAGGAAUCCCCUUGCCACGACUCUCUUGAAAGCAGCCCUGUUGAACCAAAGAUGAAGGCUGGAAUUCUCCCAAGUCAUUUUCCUCUUCCUGCAGCGGUAGCCAAAACAGAAGUCUUUUCGGAAGUGGCCUCUGUGCGGUCGCGGCUGCUCCGAGAUCCUGACGGCAGUGCUGAGGAUGAUAGUCUCGAGCAGACAUCCCUCAUGGAGAGCUCAGGGAAGAGUCCCCUUUCUCCUGACACCCCCAGCUCUGAAGAAGUUAGCUAUGAGGUCACACCCAAAGCUGCAGAUGCAAGCACACCCAAACCAGCUGUUAUUCAGGAAUGUGCAGAGGAGGAGGAUGCAGAAAAUGGGGAUAAAAAGAGGUUUACACCUGAAGAGGAAAUGUUUAAAAUGGUGACCAAAGUCAAAACAUUUGAUGAACUUGAACAGGAAGCAAAGCAGAAGAGAGACUAUAAAAAAGAGCCCAGGCAAGAAGAACCUUUAUCCCCCUCUGACCCAGAUGCUGGCUGUUCAGCAGACAUGGAUGAAAGGAAACCGGAGAGUGUUGAGGGUGACAGUAAAGUUCACGUAUUAGUGACUUCAGAGAGCAGAAAGGCUUCAUCCUCCUCAGAAAGUGAACCAGAAUUGACACAGCUGAACAAAGGUGCUGACAUGGGCCUUCUACCUGACCCAGUCAUUCGAGUGCAACCUCCAUCCCCACUUCCAUCCAGCAUGGACUCCAAUUCCAGUCCAGAGGAGGAACAGUUCCAGCCCAUAGUUUCCAAACAGUAUACUUUUAAGAUGCAUGAAGAUGCUCAGGAAGAGCCAGGUGAGCCAGAAGAAGAAAAAGACUGUGAAUCCCAUUCAGCUGAAGACAGCCAUACUGUUUCCACUGAUGGUGCAGAUAGGUCUUAUGAUGAUCUGAACAGAAAUGCUGAUAAGCUAAAAAUCUGUGAUGGCCAUGGCUGUGAGCCCCUGAGCCCUGGUAGUUCAGCUGCUCUGGUCUCACUUCUCCAGAGCUCAACUGGUGACAAUGUUGAUGACCAGUUCAUCAUCCAUAAAGAAUCAUUAGCUCUCCAAGACACUCAUGAAAAAGACACCGGAGGAGAAGAGCUGGAUGUUUCUGGUGCUGAAUUUCCACAAGUGGACUAUGCUAGUGAGAGCUCUUCAUCUUUAUGCUCUCUGCCUCAUUGUCCAAUAUCUGAGGGAAAAGAAUUCAAUGAAGACAUCUCCGCCACAUCUUCCACUUCAAAAAUGGAGACCACCCAAACCGCCCUAACCUGUGGGAGCUCACUGCAGGACUGCAUCACUGCAGAUGCGGCCGUUCCUGCACAGAUAGGCAGAUGGUCUGUGGAUGUUCCAGCACCUAGCCGAGCUGAGACUGAUGAAGUCUGUGACCCUCAAAUCACAAGUCCUUAUGAAAAUGUUCCUUCUCAAUCCUUUUUCUCUAGUGAAGAAAGCAAAACCCAAACAGAUGCAAGUCACACCAUAAGUCUUCACUCUUCUGAUGUGGAUUCUGUUUUCAUCACAUCUUCUGAAGAUGUAGUAGAGGCAACCCCCCCUAGUACAACUGUUUCAAGCAAAGAAUCUAAUUUCGAGGGCCACAACAUGGAAACAGGCUCCAGACAAGAAAGCACCUUGUGUGAAAUGCAGCCAGACACAGACAGCUCGUCUUUAGAUCCUGCUGUACCAAAUACACCAGCAGUCACUGGGGAACAAAUAAGCCAAGUUAUCAUCACUAAAACUGAUGUAGAUGCCGAUUCCUGGAGUGAAAUUCGUGAAGAUGAUGAAGCCUUUGAGGCUCGAGUAAAAGAAGAAGAACAAAAGAUAUUCGGCUUGAUGGUAGACAGACAAUCACAAGGUACCACUCCUGACACCACACCUGCUAGGACCCCAACUGAAGAAGGUACCCCAACAUGUGAGCAGAACCCAUUUCUCUUUCAGGAAGGGAAAUUGUUUGAGAUGACCCGAAGUGGUGCCAUUGAUAUGACCAAAAGGUCCUAUGCAGAUGAAAGUUUUCACUUCUUCCAAAUCAGUCAGGAAUCCAGAGAAGAGACAAUCUCAGAAGACAUGAAAGAAGGGGCUGCUGAGGCUGAGCCCCCACAGUUGGAAACCUCAGCUAAGUCACUAGUACCUUCAGAGUCAAAAGAAGCAUUGGGUGAUGAUGCAGACUUACUUGCAGAUGACUUGAGUGAGGAGGUAGAGGAAAUGCCUCCUUCUGAUGCUCACCUCCACUCCCAGAGGGGGAUCUCAGAUAGAACACCCGUGGAGGAGCCUGUUUCUUCAGGCACUGAGGGCCUGCCCAGGAUACACGUGGGUGACACACUUUUCCCCGGUGUGGUGCCAGUAUCUGGCCCAGACUCUCCUGAACCAGUUGUCCGAGUUCAGUUAGAUUUUUCCACAAUCACUAGGUCUGUGUAUUCAGAGCGAGAUGAUGAUUCUCCUGACUCUUCCCCGGAGGAACAGAGAUCAGUCAUUGAGAUCCCUACUGCACCCAUGGAGCAGGUGCCUUCUGCUGAAACCAAGUCCAGAAUUCCUGUGAAGUCCAUGCCUACUUCAGUCCCAGCUCCUCCAUCUGCAGAAUAUGAGAGCUCACUUUCUGAUGACUUCCUAUCCAGCCUAGACGAAGAGAGUGUGGAGAAUGAGGCAAAACCAAAGUCCAGAAUCCCCAUCAAAGCGCCUGUCCCAAGAGUUGAGCAGCACCUCUCAGAGCUAGACUCAUCUCUCCAGGCCGUCUCUCCUCAAGCACAGCACAUGCCAAGCAGAACACAAGAUGGUAGAGGCAGAUCUGAAUCUGAUGCUAGUUCUUUGGACUUAAAGGCCAAAUGCCCAGUGAAAACUAGAUGCUCCCCUGAGGCAGAAACAGACAACAGAGAGCGGGCAGAGGAGCUUGAGUUAGAACCAGAAGAAGGGGCCCCAAGACCAAAAACGUUUGCAUCCCGAUUGCCAGUUAAGGGCAGAAGCUACACGACCUCUGGCAGGGGGGGCAUGAGCCCCACAGAAGAAAGUAAGGAGCAUUUCUUUGACCUUUACAGGAAUUCCAUAGAAUUCUUUGAGGAAAUUAGUGAUGAGGCUUCCAAGUUAGUGGAUAGACUCACACAGUCAGAACGAGAGCAGGAAGUAGUGUCAGAUGAUGAAAGUAGUAGUGCCCUGGAAGUUUCAGUGAUUGAGAACCUGCCGCCUGCUGCGACUGAGCGUUCAGUUCCCGAGGACGUCUUUGACACGAGGCCCAUUUGGGAUGAGCCCAUUGAAACUCUGAUCGAACGCAUUCCCGGUGACAGUGGCCCUGACCACGCUGAAGAUCCACAGGACGAGAAGGAACGGAUUGAGGAAAGGCUGGCUUAUGCUGCGGACCACCUGGGCUUCAGCUGGACAGAGUUAGCAAGAGAACUGGAUUUCACUGAGGAACAAAUUCAUCAGAUUCGCAUUGAGAACCCUAAUUCCCUUCAAGACCAGAGUCACGCACUAUUGAAGUACUGGCUAGAAAGGGAUGGGGAGCACGCCACAGAUACCAGCCUCAUUGAAUGUCUCACAAAGAUCAAUCGAAUGGAUAUUGUUCAUCUCAUGGAGACCAGCACAGAACCUCUCCAGGAACGCAUCAGCCACAGCUAUGGAGAAAUCGAACAGACCAUUACGCUGGAUCACAGUGAAGGGUUCUCGGUUCUUCAGGAGGAGCUGUGUGCGGUCCAGCAGGAGCAGGAUGAGGAGCAAACUAUUUCCAAAGAAGGCGAGACCUGUGACCGCCCCCCCAUCGUGUCAGAGGAGGACAUCUCUGCCAGUUACCCCCCUUUCCAGGACUGCAUUUCCAAGACAGAGGGGGACGACUGGGCUACAGCUGCCCCUAUGCAGACUCCCACCGAGCAUGUGCAGCAGGGUUCCUCAGGGAAGGUGCAUGAGCUGCCUGGAGUGUUGUCUCUUGAAUAUCAGCAGAAAUACUUUGUGACAACCCCAAGAACAGAAGCAUCAGAAACUCAGCAGGCUACAGCGGGACCUGGCUCUCUGAAAACCCCUGAAGAAGUCAGUACCCCUCCCGAGGAGGAACCAGAUCUCCAGUCCCCAACAUCCAGAGAGAAAGGAGGCUCUCCCAUUGUGCAAGAACCCGAGGAGUCCUUAGAGCACAGAGAGGAGACUUAUCAGAAAAACAGCCUCAUGAUAGUGGAAUCCAUGGAGGGCCAGCCACAGACCUUUGAGAGACUCGGUGAAGAUGCAUCUUUUGAGAAGGAACUAACAGAGGAAUUAGGUAAGCUGGAGGCCAGCUCAGAUGAGGAGGCGAUGGUAACUACCAGGGUUGUCCGCCGGCGAGUAAUUAUCCAGGGAGAUGAUAUGCCUGACAUACUCCCAGAAACCGUCACAGAAGAGUACAUCGAUGAGCACGGACACACCGUGGUGAAGAAGGUUACUAGGAAAAUCAUUAGGCGGUAUGUAUCAUCUGACGGCGUAGAGAAAGAAGAGGUGACAAUGCAAGGGAUGCCACAAGAGCCUGUCAGCAUUGAGGAGGGGGACGGCUACUCCAGAGUCAUAAAGCGUGUUGUGCUGAAGAGCGACACCACACAGUCAGAGGUGACGUUGUCUGAGCCCAGCAUCUUGUCCAGGACCUCAGAGUUUCAGGCUGAGCCAGUAGAAGGCCGUCGAGUCAGCAAAGUUGUGAAAACAACCGUGGUGCAUGGGGAGAGGCUGGAGAAGCACUUGGGGGAUUCUAGUUUAGCCACUGACCUUCCUUCAGCCAAAGAUGACUUUGAAGAGGCUUUGGGUUAUACAGGUAGACACAUGAAAGUCCACUUCCCCAGUUUAGUAGAGAAUGAAGUCCUGAGAGAGGAUGGAUCAAUAAUUAAAAGAACAACGAUGAAUAAAGCUGUUGCGCAGAAGAGGGCUGUGGUGCAGGACCAGCGUGGAAAGUGUGUUGACCUGGAGCAUCUGGAGGAUGUACCAGGAGCCAUAGACCAGGACGACCUCCAGCGCGACCUCCAGCAACUCCUUCGGCAUUUCCACAAGGAAGACUCAAGGCAAGAGGCCAAAUGAGAGGCUGCCCAAUUCUCACACCAGAAACCACCUGUUCACUCCGUAUGCAACUUCCCAUCUCAUUAAAGGAGUGACCUAACUGGCCUAAUUCUUACAUUGCCACUUUUUGCAAAUAUCCUGCAUUUAGUUUUAUUUCCCCCCACACCCCGCUUUAACUAUAAGCUAAUUUGUGACCAAAGAUAGUAUAUUUCAUUUUGGAUGCCAUACCCACUACUUUGUCAUGUCUGGGCUAAUCCUGGAACUAGCCACCCUCUAAUGUUUUUUGCUUCUGCACAAGCUUCAUGAAUACUCGUUGAUCAGAAGAAUGUUAUCUGCAGACCUCUUCAAGUGACAAUAUACAGGAACCGUUCAGAGGAGUAUCCAUGAAUGAUAUGUAUAACUGAAUGUUCAGAUGACCAAUGCAUUACAAGUAAAACCACUGCCUAUCAUAACUACACUGGGCAUCACGGAAUAAAAGGCCUCUAGAAGUCAUUGAAUGACUAAGAUAUUGCUAACACAAUCGAAUGAUAAUACAGUUCUACUGCAAAAGAAGCACUUCAGACCUAUCUUGACCUUAGAACUUCCAAUGCCCCUUGCUAAAGAUGUGUUAAAAACCUUGAAGAACUAUCCUAACUCAGACAUCACUGCUGGUGCUGGCUAACCAGGACUUAAGGACUCUCCACCAGCCACUUCAAGGGAGGGGAUGGAGGGAGCAGAUGGCCAACAAGGAAACAAUGAGGUGUUCAGUUGGCUGCUACAUCCUGUGGCAUGCUAGCAUCUUCAGGUCUUUCAGAUUUUGGACACAUUGGCAGGGUAUUUUAACAGCUGUAACUAGUGUAGUUUUCCAGUUUUCACUGCUGCUUUAGCAAACCACACUGUCUUACUGGUGGUACCUUCUUCUGGCCACUGCACUGUAGAUAAUUAAUUGAAAACAGGAUUUACCCACUAGGCAAAGGUUAGACCCCUUCACCAUGUUGGAGUGGUUUAUUUUCUCCCCAAGGUUUAUAUCUUCUCUAACACCUGCAUGUAGCAUUUAUAAGUCAAAAAUCACAGUCAAACCCCCUCUUCUGAUGAAAUAAUUUUUACCCUGAGUGAGCACUUUUCACUUUCCAGCUAGGUCUGUUUUACAGCUUGCAGACAAGAAUGAAAAAAUCCCUGAAAUUUUGGUUUUGUUAAAAUUUUUGGUUUAUUUUCUUGAAAUUCAAACUCCCUUGGAAAUUUUGAAGUGCAUUUAUGCACUUGGUUUGCUUCAAAGAAGGGACUGUCACACACUGAGUGAUUUCAAUGUGUUCUUUAUUCCUCUAGUGAUUGAAGCUGUAUAACAUUUUAACACACACAUAUAUAUAUUCACAAAUAUAUUCAUAUAAACAGUAUACAUUUCGAAUCAGUUAUUUGUUAAAGAAAAGUAUAUUGAAUGAAAAUGAAAUAAAAAAAAUAGAGUCUAACCUCCAGAGGUUGAACAUUUUUCAAUUUUAUCUGGUCUUUUCCUAUUGUGAAAAAAUGACUCAUUGCUCCAAAUAUCAAAAACAAACAUGGCACACAAUGGCACUUCGUCAUUUACAGGAACAAUGCCAGGAGAGAAAAUUUCCUGGAAGAGAGGUUUCUCACAAGCCAGACCUCCUAAGCCACAAAUGCUAGCACUUUUUAGCAGUUGGAUAGAAAUUAAAGCAUUCUUUGACAGCCAAAACGAAGUCCAUAGUGAAACUUUCUGAGACAUACCAUGGCCUUUUUGUCUAGAUCUUCACUGGAGCUCAAGAAAAGCAUUUCCGUUGUGUUAUUUGCAGUGCAGAUGUCUGUGUAACAACAUACUGGUUACUCACCUUUUUUGAUUUUGGUUUUUGCUGUGCUAUCAAAAAACUUGAAUACUGUGAGAAGAAGUGAAUUUUCAGUUGAUGAAUCAGCAUCUUGUUCCAAUGGUGAUAACACUAAUUGAAUAUAUCUCUGAGGGCAUGUAUUAGUUAAUGGGAAAAAAUACAACACUAACAAUACAUAGCUGCAAUGUGUACAAUGGCCGAUUUAAUUAAAUAAAAUGUACAAGUGUUAAAUGUG